GCUAAGUUCACGCCCACUUGAACAGCUAACGCCUGCCGUGUCCCCCCUCGUUAUGUCGAGCAAAAUACCUUGGGAAUCUGUCAAAAUGCUCACGCUCAGGAGUCUGUGCCAAGAGAUCGGUGCGCCGCACUGGGGGGCCAUGCGGAAAGACGAAAUGAUCGCGUUCCUCCAGGCCGCCAACGAGAAGGGAGUGGAGGCCGCUGCGAAGGAGAUGCCCACGCCCGCCAACAUCGAGACGCGCGCGGAUGGCACGUCCGUCAAGCGCAAGGCGGCGCCGAAGGAGGAGCCCUCCGUUCUCGUUGGAGGAAGCGAGACGCCGUCGGCCAGCACGCGGAGCAAGCGGGCUAAGGCGGUAAUUCAGACGAGGAGCUCGAGCACGAAGGCGGCCAAGGCUAAGGCUGAGAAGGACGCGGCCAACGGCGUUGGUAGGAAGCCGGCGCCGAGGAAGAAGAAGCGUCCUGCGAAGAAGGUGGAGAAGACAAGCAUCAGCGACGACGAGGACGCCGAGGGAGAGGACGUGGAGCCGUCUGACGCGGAGGCGGAUGCGGAAGGCGAGCCGUCCCAGGAGGCGCCGAAUGAUGAUGCCAUGCAGGAGGACGUACCCCCUCCUUCUGCCUCUGCAGAAACGAAUGACGCUACUGCCACUGACGACGAUGUAGCCGGAAGUGGUGUUGUGCAGGAUGCAUCGCCCCCUGAACCCGUUACUGUCGUCGAGACUACGGCCACCGAGAUGGUUGUCGAUCCCGCUGGGACAUUUACCGCUUCGGAAACCACGCAAGUCGUAGUCCUCACCAACGAAGACGCAACAUAUGCAGUUGCUGCAGAAGGCACAUCGACGACCCCCGCUGCAUGAAAAACGCGAACCGAUGCGAUAUGACGACUCUCUGUUGUGAAAAUUCGUACUUCAUCGACAGGGUAUAUAUUUGGCCAUCCUUCCCCGGCUCCAUUGCGCUGCUUUAUAUAUGAAAAUAAUAAUACGAUCACAAUUCAGGUGUUUCCUC